GUAGUUACAUGAUGAACAAAUAAUUUUAACUUGCAUUUAGAGUUUACUAUUGGUUCAUUGAAAAACUUCAAAACUAUUUUGUCACAAAUGAUAACAUUUAGAUUUAGACUUAAGAUAAAAUGGGCUUAGAUUGGGCUAAAUAUGUGUGUCCUAUUCUCCUCCCUAUAUCAUUCCUCUACGAUUCUAUACUCUAUUGGCUUACUCUUGCACGCUACUAUACCAGGCAUCUGCAUGGAACCCAUGAGGAGCGGGUUCUAAAGGUCCAGGAGCAGGUUCGAAGAUGGCAGGUGGAGGGAAGGGGGAGAAAAAUGUGUACUGCCCGUCCCAGCUGGAUGAGUAUAUCACAACAGAAGUUAGGCUACAAGGAUACAAUGUACAGAGUGAAGAUAGAUCUAGGAGAUGUGUUGGAGAUAGAUAAGGAGAAAAUGAUAGUUCGUGUUGAACCUGCAGUAACCAUUGGAUUUUUGAACCGUCUCUUGGUUGCUAACGGAUACACUCUACCAGUAGUACCGGAGCUAGAUAUACUAACUAUAGGAGGCCUGGUUAUGGGAGGAGGUCUAGAAUCCACCAGCCACAAGUACGGAUUGUUCCAGUACAUCUGCUCCGAGUUCGAGAUCGUCGCCGCGGACGGAGAGGUGAUGAUCGCGAACCAUGACACAAACUCCGAUCUGUACUACGCCCUACCUGUGAGCUAUGGUACCCUGGGGUUCCUGACUAGCGUCUCUAUUAGGAUUAUACCGUAUAAACCGUACAUGAAGCUGACCUACAGACCAGCCUAUAGUAUUGAUGAAACUAUCAGUCUGCUCGAUAGAGAAACUCAUAAAGCAACGAGCAACGACUCGGUGGAGGGUAUCGUGUACAACGUGAACCAGUCAGUCAUCAUGACAGGGCAGUAUGUGGAAGAGGAGGAGGUGGAGAAGGACAAGAUUAACAGAAUGGGACUCUGGUUUAAACCUUGGUUUUACAAAUACGUUGAGAAGUUUUUAGAGAAGGGAGAAACGAUCGAAUACGUUCCAACUCUUCAUUUUCAUCAACGUCACAACAAGGGAACCUUCUGGUUGACUCCGAUGUGGUUGCCCUGGGCUCAUAAUAUCAUUGCCAGAUUUUUAUUUGGCUGGAUUCUGCCUGUCAAUCCACAGUUGCUUAAUUGGUUGAAGGAAACAUUUGUUGGAGGCGAAUUCGAGGAUAAUUUUAAUCUUCAGGAUUUUAUUAUUCCUAUGAAGCAUGUCAAGGAGGGUAUUCUCUUGAGUGCAGAGAUUACUGAUGUUUGGCCUUUAUGGAUGGUUCCUACACGCCUCUAUCAACCUCAGGGUCCUAAGAGUCUGAUGCCAAGGGGUGGAGAUACGAUGUACGUUGAUCUUGGAGUAUACGGUCUCUCCCAUCUGAAAACCUUCAAGGGACGAGACGCGACACUGCGGCUAUUUGAGAAAUUUGCCCUAGAGCAUGAUGGAUUCCAGGCGCUUUACGCAGAAACUCUGAUGACAAACGAGGAAUUUGAAACUAUGUAUACUGGAGAUCUUUACUAUUCGGUUCGGAAGCGAAUUCCAAAUUGUGAAAAGGCGUUCCCAAGACUAUUUGAUAAGAUCAGUAGGGAGGGUAGGCAAGGAAAGAAGAUCCUGUAGAAGACCUACAUCUUCAAAUCAAAGCUGAAAAUUGUAGUUUCUAAGUUUAUUGAUAUAAAUUUUUAGUAAGCAUUAAGCACUCGAAUUGUUCUUUCGUAUAAUUUGAUAAAAAAAAUAGUUUUUUUUUUCCUUUCGUUAUGCAUUGUACGUGAACAGUUUACUCAAUUAGUUAUAAUUUAUUUUUCUCUAAAUCCAAUAAAGUAUUAUUAUUGUUUUA